CUGUGAGACUUACACAGUGGAUUCAGAGGAAGAAAAGGUAGCAGGAACCUGAGAAGCCAGCUGCACCCGACACUGGGAGACAACACUGGAAGCAUCUGUAAUCUCAGUAUGACAAGGAACCUGCCUGACAUUUGUGAAAGCUACCGCACUUCCAAUAACACAUUUGUGGAUGGCUUUGGGUGCCCGCGGAAAGAAGACACUAUAGACUUGAUAUACUGCUGCGGAUUUGUGGACUUAAAAUAUUGCUGCAGUGAACCAGGAAACUACUUUCCCUAUAAACAUGAUUACAUGUUGUCUCUUAGUAUAGGAGCUCUGAUUGGACUGGCGAUUGCAGCCUUGGUGUUAUUAGCAUUUGUUGUCAGUGUUUGUGUACUGUGCUAUUUGUUUCUAUAUACGAAGCCACAGAGAAUAGAAACUGGUUUGAAGUUACAGCAUUGUGGAUCUUUGUCUUCACAUAAAGGUAAGCUGAAGAGAAAGACAAAAUCUGGUUACUGCGCUACUACUGUGAAUUCUACCAAUGACAUACUCUGCGAACUGGAUGGCACCAUCCAAGAAAAACUGACGGAAGUUACACAAAUUGUUACUAAACUUUAACCUGCUGGAAAUAAACAUGGUUUUUUUUUUAGUUUUAUAAACUCU